AUGUUUCUUAUCAGAUUCCGACCGCUCCAAGGUUGCGCUGGCUCCGUUCAGGUUGGGCUUGGCCGCGCUGGCUUGAACUGGCGAUGUGCAUUGCCGAGAAGUCUCUGUCUCAGAUAUUCGUCGCAGUUGAAUAACACUCCCAACAACCCCAUGAAUCUUCUCGCACAGCAACGCUUAAGACGACCAGUCUCCCCUCAUCUCUCUAUUUACCGUCCUCAGAUCACCUGGAUCGUCAGUAUAGCUACUCGAAUUACUGGCAUUGCCCUUUCAGGUGGAUUAUACCUCUAUGCAACAGCCUAUCUUUUAUCCCCAGUGACUGGGUGGAAUAUCGGGUCUGAGUCCUUAGUAGCUGCGUUUAGUGGCCUUUCGCCAUCGGCUCAGUUCGCUCUGAAAUUUGGAGUUGCUCUUCCAUUCGUCUUCCACAGCUUCAAUGGCAUCCGUCAUCUGGUUUGGGAUACUGGCCGAAUGUUGACAAACAAGCAAAUAGCUCGGAGUGGUUGGAUAGUAGUCGGAGUUGCAGGCGUUGUUGCUGUACUCCUGACACUCUGGAAACCGAGGGAUGACGCCUAA